GGGGGCGGCGCGCACAAGCCGGCCAUGGCCGCCGCCGCCGGCUUUGUGUGCCGCGCGCGGGCCCGGGCCGCCCGCGCCUCUCCUGGGCUCUGGGGCCGCCGCUGACCCGCCCGGGCUCCGAGCGCCGCGCCCGCCGGGCAGGCCCCGCCUCCUGCCCUCCUCCGCCUCCGCCUCCGCCUCCUCCUGCCGCCGGGCGGGCGGGCUGCAGCCGCCCUCCACGCUCGCCUGCCCGCUCCCUCGCCGCGCGUCCGCCCUCCGUCCUCCCGGGCCAGCCAGCCAGCCAGCCAGCCGGGCCGGCGGCGGGCACCAGGCCGUCCCGAUGCCCGAACCAGGCCCCAGGAUGAACGGCUUCUCGCUGGGCGAGCUGUGCUGGCUCUUCUGCUGCCCGCCCUGCCCGAGCCGCAUCGCCGCCAAGCUGGCCUUCCUGCCGCCCGAGCCCACCUACACGGUGCUGGCGCCGGAGCAGCGCGGCGCCGGCGCGCCCGCCCCGGCCCCGGCCCAGGCUACCGCCGCCGCCGGCGCGGCCCAGCCGGCACCGCAGCAGCCCGAGGAGGGCGCGGGCGCGGGGCCCGGUGCGUGCAGCCUGCACCUCAGCGAGCGCGCCGACUGGCAGUACUCGCAGCGCGAGCUGGACGCCGUCGAGGUCUUCUUCUCGCGCACGGCCCGGGACAACCGGCUCGGCUGCAUGUUCGUGCGCUGCGCGCCCUCCAGCCGCUACACGCUGCUCUUCUCGCACGGCAACGCCGUGGACCUGGGCCAGAUGUGCAGCUUCUACAUCGGCCUCGGCUCCCGCAUCAACUGCAACAUCUUCUCCUACGACUACUCGGGCUACGGCGUCAGCUCGGGCAAGCCCUCCGAGAAGAACCUCUACGCCGACAUCGACGCCGCGUGGCAGGCGCUGCGCACCCGGUAUGGCGUGAGUCCCGAGAACAUUAUCCUCUAUGGUCAGAGCAUUGGGACUGUCCCCACGGUAGACUUGGCCUCGAGGUAUGAAUGCGCAGCGGUAAUUCUCCAUUCCCCUCUGAUGUCUGGUUUGCGUGUGGCUUUUCCGGAUACCAGGAAAACAUACUGUUUUGAUGCUUUCCCCAGCAUUGACAAGAUAUCUAAAGUCACCUCUCCUGUGUUGGUCAUUCACGGUACAGAGGAUGAGGUCAUUGAUUUCUCCCAUGGCCUAGCAAUGUACGAGCGCUGUCCCCGAGCCGUGGAGCCCCUCUGGGUUGAAGGGGCUGGGCAUAAUGACAUAGAGCUUUAUGCACAAUACCUAGAAAGACUAAAACAGUUCAUAUCUCACGAACUUCCUAAUUCCUGAAGACAACAACUUGAUCUUACCUCAUUUACUGUGAACAGAAGAGUCCUCUGUUUUGCACAUGCUUUAACUGGGUAGCUGUAAAGGCUUGAUAACCAUGAAGAAGUGCCCAGCCUUUAGGGUGUUCUAAUCAAAGAGCUGAUGAAAUCUCAGUCUUUUGUAUCUAGAGGUGGUUCUGCUAAUUCACACAACACGUUAAACUGAACAGUCGUGAUUCCCAGCUUCAUUACCGUGCGGGAAUGGGAAUGAGAGCUGAAUGUAGGGACAAUUUUUUAGUGCUGUAUAAAGUAGCCUCGCAUCUGUUUCUCAACCUUACCCAUCAUUUCUGACAUUCAUGCAGGACUUGCCCCUGUCUCCACCAAUGUUCUCAGUAUUUGACAUGCAGCUCUCUUUCUGCCACUGGAUCCAUGGGUUCAAUCCAUUUGUGAAGCUGUGGUAGUGUAACUGGAAAGCUAGUGUGGUGAAAAUUCCUUUAUUAUUUUUUGUUAACAUGCUGAUCUUUCCCCGGACAAAUGAACUGAAGGGUAUAAUUUACUGGAACUAUCAUGUACAGCUUCAUCAACUGUAACCAUAUAAAUAUAACUGGAAUAUUCUUAAACAAAAAGAAACUAGGGGUUUUUUUAAGUGUAAAUUUAUUACUAGCCAACAGAGUUUUAAUAUUUUGAUUGUCUGGUUGGUUUAACAAAGAGCCUAGCCGACUUUCCUUCUGUAAAGUCCUCCUUGUAGGCUUUUUUAAAGUACUGUACAUAUUUGCAAUCACGUUGUGCAUAGAUUCUUAAUGGUAGAUAUGAUUUCUUUUGUCAGGCUACAACAAUGAACUGCAAAUUCCUUGUUUGUAAUGUAAAUGAUUGAAUACAUUUUGUUAAUAUGUUUUUAUUCCUAUGUUUUGCUAUUAAAAAUUUUAUAACAUUUCCAAGACAAAAAUUCCAAGUUUAUGCUUUGAAGAAUUUAUGUAAUUAAAAUUUCACUAAACUAAUCUUUUUAGUUUAGGAAUUAUUUGGGUUUUGACACUGGAGGUUGCGCCAAAUAAGCAUCAGAAAUAGGAGAUGCGUAACAUUGCUAUACUACUUGCAUUGGUUAGGGGUUGGAUUUGGGGGUUCUUUGGUUUUAAUUUUUUUUUCCAAAUUUAAAAGCCUUAAAUGUACUGUAAGCCUCAGAUCGUUGUACAACUGGACUGCGGUUGAUUGCCAGUUUGUGUACUGUUGCUUGGAUGCAGCACAGUGGUUGGUAAUGGAAUAAAGGAUGCAUGGAUCAGAA